AGGGGGAUGGCGUGCCACCUCAGCUCUCCCGGCCAUUUCGGUGGUGGAAAUGGGCGCCGCCACUCCACUACUGUUAAAUAACCACCUCUCUCGUGCCACCAGCCGCCCCCUAGCCCUUGCGUGCGACGCGGCAUAAGCGAAAUGGACAAAGACAUCCUGCCCAAGUACACGCUCUUUGAUGAGCGUGUCGCGCGCCGCCCCAAGGCUCCCUCCCUCCGGAGGAUCCUGAAAUUGUCCCUACUGGCCGGCUUGGUGUGGGCGUUAUGGACGAGCCACUCGUCUAAAUCUACUCCGCGGACAAUCCUCUCAUCUGACCGUCUGCGCGCCGACUACGCCACGUGCGCCAAGUUGAGACACAAGCCACAAGACCCCAGUGGCCCCCGUGAGCGUAACGCUCGCUACCUCGACGGCCACAAGCCAUAUCUCAUCCGCAAUGCCUCAGUUUGGACGGGUGAGCCGAACGCUCAUCACGGCGUCUCCGAUGGCGAGCGCCGAGAGCAGCCUGCUUACUCAUGGAUCCACGCGGACGUCCUGCUACACCAUGGAUUGAUCAAACGAGUAGAAGCCGACAUCGCCGCGGCCGAUCUGCCUGAUGACUACGUCGUCUAUCAGGCCCACGGCCGUCCGCUGACGAGCGGCAUCGUGGAUAUGCAUUCCCACGUCGGUGUGAGCUCCAUGUUUGAAGGCUCCUCGGACGACAAUGAGCUGUCCAAUGACAUUACCCCGUUCGUGCGCUCCAUCGAUGGUUUCAAUCCCCUCGAGGAGCACAUCCAGAUAGUCAAGUCUGGUGGAGUGACUACUUCUCUCAUCCUGCCGGGUUCCGGCAACAACAUGGGCGGCGAGGCAUACGUCGUCAAGCAUGCGGUAGGCAAGGCUGAUGGCCGUUCCGAGAUCAGUGCUGAAGACAUGCUCGCCGACCCAGAAAAAUUGCUUCGCUACAUGAAAAUGGCCUGCGGAGAAAACGCAAAAAGAGUGUAUGGCAAGGUUGGCCGCGACUUUGGGCCCUUCUCGAGACUCGGCGAGGCAUGGUACUUCAGGCACGCAUUUGAGCAAGCCUCCGCCCUCGUAGCCGCACAAGACGACUGGUGCAACGCCGCAGACCGUCUCGGAGCGCACAAAAUGUCCGGAUACCUCCCUCAAGAUCUGAAAUGGGAGAGUCUUGGCGCUCUUCUCCGUGGCCAAGUGCUGCUCAACACCCAUUGCUACACCAUUCCCGACCUGGAAUCCUUCGUCGGAUACACAAACGAGUUUAACUUCUCCGUGAGAGCAUUCCAUCACGCCCACAUGACUUAUCUCGUCCCAGAGAUCCUCAAACGAGCAUAUGGUGACCGCCCUCCUGCCUCGGCCCUCUUCGCCGAUCAAAUGUACUACAAAGCCGAGUCGUACGUAGCCUCCGAGCAGGCAGGUAAGAUCUUGUGGGAGAACGGCCUCACUCCCGUCUACGUGUCCGACAACCCGGUGCUGAACGCACAGCACGUCGUAUUCGAAGCCGCAAAAGCGUACAAAAAUGGCCUUCCGUACCACGUCGCCCUCGCUGGCGUCACGAGCGCUUCUGCUGACAUCCUUGGCUUGGGCGAGCGAAUUGGCAAAGUGAAGGCAGGCUUCGAUGCUGAUAUUGUGGUUUGGGAUUCCGACCCCUUGUCUGUCGGAGCUGCCCCUGUACAAAUCUGGAUUGACGGCACGCCUCAGUAUGAGCACCCUGUAGAGCUGAAAAAAGCACUCCACGGACCGAUUGAGCAUCAGAGCUACCUGGCCUCGAUCAAAGAAGAAGUGUCUGAGCGGUCCGAGGUCAUUUUCUCCGGCAUCACCAAGAUUCUGUCCUCAACUCACGAUGCGACCUUGUCCGAGCACACCCAUGGCAACGUCAUUGUCAAGGAUGGCGCAAUCUCAUGCCUGGGCGAGUGCGAGAACGAGCUCGCCGCAGCUCAAGAGCGUGGAGCGCUCGUCGUUACUCUUGAGAACGGUCACAUCGCCCCGUCGCUGACUACAUUCGGAUCUUCCCUGGGCCUGGUCGAGAUUGCCGGCGAAUCAGUGACACAAGAUGGCUCCAACGGCGAUGAAAACUUCAGCCGUGCCGUCGACGGACUGGCCUUUGAUGCGAAGGAACUACACGCAGCCUUCUCUCACGGCGUCACCAAGGCAAUCACCGCGCCACUGUACAAAUUUGGCGGUUUCUACGGUGUGAGUGCGGGUUUUGCUACCGGCGCACUGCACGCGCAAGAAAAGGGAGCCGUGUGGAAGGACGAGGUGGCAUUGCACUACGCCCUCGCCAAAUCUACCGCCUCACCAUCGUUGUCCAGCGCAAUCGGUGCACUCAAAGCGAAACUCAUCCAAGCCAUCAACGCCAACGAAACCGACUCCUCCACUCGCCCCGAGCAGCGCUAUCUGAAAAAGGUAGUCCAGGACAAAAUGGCUCUAGUCAUCCAAACCGACAGCGCAGACCAGAUCGCCUCGCUUCUCCGCCUCAAAGCAGAAGUCGAAGCCGAGAUCGCAGCCAGCACCACCGUCGACAUCGUCCCGCACCUCCGCAUGAUCAUCCAAGGCGGCGCCGAAUCCCACCUUCUCGCCGCGGAGCUCGCCAAAGCAAACGUAGCCGUCAUCCUCUCGCCCCUGCUUGCCUCUCGUGGAAGCUGGGACCAGCGACGCGCUCUGACCGGCGCUCCGCUGACCAACGGCACAGCGAUCGACGUCCUUCACGCCGCCGGAGUGAAAGUAGCCAUCGGGACAGAUGAGCAGCUCCCCACGAGGGACUUGUAUCUCUCCGCCGGCAUUGCGCACGCGAACAGCAACGGCAAAAUCAGCGAGACCGAAGCGUUGGCUUUCGUGUCCUCUAACAUCUAUGACAUCUUGGGCUUGAAGAAGAUUCACAGCGAUGCCAUUCUGCAGGAAUUCACCGUGUUCGAGGGCAACCCGUUGGAGAUUGAUGGGCAGAUCCGAGCGAUUGCUGACGGGAGGGGAAAGGUCAGCGUGCGCUUGUGAGGCACGUCGACAAUCACACUCGUUUGAUACAGAAACGAACAUUUGACGUUCCAGAUGCAUGGAUACAAGAUAGGUAGCUAUGCCAAAAGAAUA